ACACAAAAAAUCGAAUUUUUAAAAAUCAGUGAAAUCAAAUCAACAACAUCGAUUAACGAGGAAAACUUUGACCCAGUUGAGAAGAACCAAUUAACUUCACCUUGCAAGCUGUUGCCGGAUGAUAUGGACAUUAUGAGGCCACCACAUAUUCUUCAAAACUCCCCCUCUAUGGCAAAGCGAAGGUUGAUCGGCGGUGAGCAAAGCCGUGGAAGUCGGCGGCAUUAUUUUACUCCGUAUCUUUAAGGGUUUUUAUCCCAAAUAGCUCGUCCCAACAGGCCCAAUAUCACCCCGCGAUCGAUCUGGUUAGUUUUGUCAUUCGGCAGGCCGACGAGUUAUAUCCGUUAGGACCGUUACUCCGCCCGCAAAUAAGGAGGGGAAAGAGGCCACAGGAGCGUAUUACAAUUACACCCUCCCACCCAAUCUAAUUCAAUUCUGCAUUUAAAUUCAUCCGAUCGAAGAAGCUAAUCUAAGAAGGUAAAUUCACCGCUGCGGUCGCCGCUAUGGACUUUUCCGACGAGAAUUACGAGCCGAAAUCGACUCCGAAGCUCUCCCUGACAAAACUCCCGACCAGAAACAGAGUACCCCUGGCAUCCCUCACGCCGCCGCCUCACGCGGCGGCUUCCGUGCCUUUCCAGUGGGAGGAAGCCCCUGGAAAACCGCUGUCCUCCACCGCCGGAGAUAUUCCACCGCCGGCGGCCUGCAGGAGCCUGGACUUGCCUCCGAGGCUUCAGGCGGCGGCGGACCUGUCCGACGACUUCAGCCGGUCGUCUAUGUCUUCGUUCUCGUCGUUCCGCAGCCUCGACGAGGCGAUCGUCGUGAGGAUAAUGAGGCGAGAGAGCAAGGAGGGAUCCGCGUCGUUCUCGCCGCCGCUGACGCCGGCGGGAGGGGAACAUCAGCCGGGAUUGAAGGAUGAGAGCAGAUCGGCGACGGCUGGGGCUAUCGGCAAGGGCAAUUUGGACUUUUCGUUCUCGUUUUCGUUACGGGACGGUAGUUGUAACGGCGGCGCGAAGAAGGUGGCACGUGGUGGGAGAAGAAGCAGAAGCAGCCUCUUGACUUCCUCACAUACUUCUAGUCGUCUCUUGCACGCCGGUCUGCCCCCAUCUUCUUCCUUCUUCCCCUCCCUUUGUCCCCAUCCAUUUUUCUUCUUCGUCCGAUCUCUUCUUCCCACUCGUCUUUGCUGUGCCCCCCCUUAAAUCCACCAUUUUGUUUUUGCCUUCCACUUGAAUCCCACUAUACUGAAGUGGCUCUUCACCUACCUUCCAUAAAGAAUCCCAAGUUUCUUUCUUUUUUCUGCAUAAGUCCCUCUCUGUUCUUCAUGUUUCCCUGGUUUGGAUGAUCAAGAAAGUCUGAGAUUUGCA